CGGCAGUACCCGUAGUGGGGGUUGAUCAGUGGGUUGCCGUCGGCGUGAGGUGGCGGCGGUUUCGUACACGCGAGGUAUUCGAGGGGUCGAUCGAGACGUGCGCCGGGCGGGUAGAAAAGAGUUUACCGCGCGGUGCCGCGGCCCGUGCUCGUGCUCGUGCUCGUUGGACGACCAAGUAGGAGGAUUGUGUAUGACAAAAGAUAAGAGAGAAAGAAAAGGACCCUGAGUGUGUCGCGCGGAGAGAGUGAGAGAUAGAGAAGAGUGAGUGAAUGAGUGCAAGUGUUGCUACAAGAGCACGAAUAGAAGAAGAGGAAAAAGAAGCCAACAGGAGGAAGAAGAAUAGGAAGGUGCAGGAGGAGGCGGUGGAAGAGGAGAAGGUGGAGUCGAAAAAGAAGAGUGCACAACGACCGCGAGAGAUAGAUUUGAGCAUAGUAGUAGUAGAAGGAGUAACAGUGUAUAAGUGGGGAGGUUGGAGGAGGGCCACUGCCAAGAAAACAGUAGUGCGUUCCUUGGCAAGAUGGCAGACGGUCCGUCCGCAGAAGAGGCCUCUGCUGUUGAUGUUCGGAUUCUUUCGAAAGAACGACACAAACGACAGGACGCUUCUUCGUCGAGCUCGUUGCUAGCCAAUGCGGCGGCGGCGGCCGCGGCCGCGACGCCGUCCUCCUCUUUCAACAGGGGCCAGGACGUUCUUGCUAGACGGAAUGUUAUUCAUGGGGAUCCCACCACUGGUGCAUUCGACGAUGAUGACGAUGACAAUGACGAUGAUGAUGACGAUGAUGACGACGAAGACGAAGACGAGGACGAUUACAACCAAGUGGACACUCGGCCCCGUCGUUACCAUCAUGACCGUCAUAAACAUCACCAUUAUCGCUAUCAACAACAACAACAACAACAGAAACAACAGGAAAGGAUUGCUAAUGAAGGUGCUGUUGGUGUUGGAAUUGGUAAUCAUUUUAAUAGUGGUGCUGGUGGUGGUGAAGGUGGUGGUAGUGAUGGUGGUGUUGUCGGUGGUAAUUGUGCAUCCACGAUUCGAGGAAAGGAACAUAGCAAAGUGUUGUUAUACGAUGAGGAAGAUUAUUACGAGGAAGAAGACGAAGAUGACGAGGAAGACGACGACGAGGAAGGAGAGGACGGUGAUGAGGAAGAUGAGGAAGAGGAAGAAGACUAUAUGGAACAGGAACCAGUAGAAAAACGAAGAGUUAGGUUGGGCUUGAAAAAAUCUACGGAGGGCAGCAUUGUUACAAGUGUCAGUAGUGUUGGUAAUAAUAAUAAUAAUAGAAAUAGUAAUGCCAGUGUUGGUGGACAUGUAGGUAAUGGUAGUGCUAGUGCUUUGUUGGUAACAACUAUGCUCGGUAAUACACGGUCGCGAUUAUUACCCGAUGUCGUAGACGUUGCAGUUGAUCCGUCGGAAUCGGUUGUUGGUGCAAAGCAAAUCAAAUCGAAUUUAAAAGGUAGAUCUGAUGGGGAGGAAAACAAUGACAAUAAGAAAAAGGAAAUCCAAUAUCUGCAACAACAACAGCAGCAGCAACAGCAGCAGUUGCAACCGUUGCAACAACAACAUCAACAUCAACAUCAACAACUGGAAGAUAAAAAGAAGAGGAGCGAAGAGAAAGAUAGAAGAGGAGACGAUACCACGAACGAUCCUCCUCCCCUUAACACCGUAACCGUCACCGUCACCCCUGCCUCCCCUUCUUCAACAACCGUCACAACGAGCGGCAUCGCGAACGGCGUCGUUGCCAGCACCGGCAACAGCAGCAGUAGCAGCAACAGCAGCACCAGCACCAGCACCACCGGAAGUGGCAGCUCCGUUGCCGGCGGCGCGAGCAACAUCAAGAGUAGUAGUAGUUGCGCCGGCUCCUUGUCCAACGACAGCCCCUUUAAGGGACAGGUCAGGAUGGCCGAAGAGACUCUCGUUGGGCCUUGCGGCAAGAAGCGUUGCGCCGAUCGAUACGACAGCUCCGAGAGUUCCGACAGUGGAGUAGCAGUUUCGUGUGGAGAGUGUAGCAGUAGUGGGACAAGCGACAUCACCGAACCAGGUUCGCCGUGUAGUACAAGCAGCGACGAAGGUGUAGCAGCAUUAAGGGGAGCAUCAGCAAGCCCAUUACCAAGUUUGCCCAAGCUGGCGCCAUCCUCGCAACUCGGUACCAGGCCCCAGUGGCCCUGGACCCCGCUACUGGCGACAACGGCCUGUUCGACUUACAAGAAACAUAAAGGGGAACCCGAAGCGGGGACCUUGCCCAGGUCCGGCGCGGCCGAUCCAACUUCGCGUGGCUCGUCUAAAGCGAACGGCGGUAGCACUGGUAACAAACCAGUCGGUAUCAUUCAUCAUCAUCAUCAUCACCAUCAUCAUCACGAAUCCUCCUCGCAAGGGAAAAUCACGGAGUAUUUUAAAUCCCAAAUAAAACCGCCGCAAUCUAAACUUAAAAAGACGUCGGAAACAAUGUCGGUAUUGGUAGCUAAGAGUUCCUCGGAAUUUCGAAGGCCGCCGACCGUUCAAAGGAACAAAGGUGGCCUUGCCAAAUACCUCGGCACCGUUCCUCGCACUACGCAAACCAGCAACGAUUGGGAAAUUAGAACUGUUAACAUGUCGCCGCCGCCGCCUAUCAAGAAAACACAGCCAGUUAUCGUGCCUAGGACCAACGCUAAAAUAGAUAAAAAAUUAAUAACGAAGCCUCUGCCGAGUUUGCCUAUCUCCAACGACGUUCUUAAAAACAUACCGCCCUGCAAGAUCUCCUCUCUGAGGCUCACUUCGGAAGCAAGUCCAAGCUCGAUGAAACCGUGUUCACCGCCUUCUACGCCAAUCGCCAACCCUCCGACGAACGAUUACAAAGGGUGCAUUCUUACUUCGAAACCUCACGUCAACGAGAACAAUAAUUUAACGAACGGAUGCCCAGCCUUACUUGGUUUCUUACGAUCUCAGAAUAGUCAGGGCCCGUUGUCCAGGUUAUCGUCUGUCGAAAAUGAAAAGACCGAAACACAGACGUUGCAAGCUGACGAAGAAGACGUCGAGGAGGAAGAGGAUGAUUCCAGAAGCAGCGAAUCCAAGACCACGCUUUCUCCAAUACUGUCAGCACCUACAACGAUACGUUUUCCUGCUAGGGCACCUGAAAAGGAUAGGUCACAGCAUGCCGAUAGCGGGAUUUGUCGAUGGGACAAGUGCGAAGCUAGUUUCGAAUCUAGCACCGGUCUUCUCGAACAUCUCCAGGUGGCUCAUAUCAACACGCAAACCGGAGGCGACAAUUUCGUCUGCCAUUGGCUGGGUUGUAAAGUUCAAGGAAGAACCUCCUGUUCAAGAAGAUGGCUGGAAAGACACGUACUUUCUCACGGCGGGAACAAACCAUUUCGUUGUAUCGUCGAUGGAUGUGGCAGUAGAUUUAGUUCACAGACAACCUUGGAAAGGCACGUUAAUGGCCACUUCAAUCAACCCGAAACAAGUAGCAGUAGCGGAAGGAGGAGUUGCGAAAAUGGUGGCAAACUUGUCAGGAGGAAUGGAAAGAGAUUGAGAUAUAGAAGACAACCAUGGUCUGCACGACUGUUCGAUUAUUUCGACUCCGGAGUCAUGGAAGGUCUUCAACAUAGAUUAUUUGAGCUGGCCAAAUCAAGAACGCAAGGUCGGUUAGCUGAAACGCCUGGAGAUUCGAUGGCCCUAACUAGUCAAGUAUUAGCAAGAAGAGUAGAGAUGGAUGGGAAAGUUAAAGUCCUUUUACGAUGGUAUCCUCAGGACAUAGAACCAGACGAGUGGGUAUUAGAAUCCGAAGUACAAAGCACAAAACACGUAAGAAUACGUAAAAUAGCUGGAAAAUAUCCUGAAGAAGUUAGUCAAGCGUUAUACCCAGCAAUGCACAGUGGUGUACCAUCGAUAACGAGAGUAAAGCAACGUCGAAAACCAGUUAAGAAUUCGUGAUAAUGUCUCGAAAUGAAGAUUAUUGGAAACCAAUAAAGGUGACUAAGAAGGAUAAGAUGAAAAAGUAGAAGUAAACGGAGAAUGGAGUUUGAACACAUGGACGACAUGGGGUCCAGAAAUAUGUGUGAUAAUAAGAAACAGAAGGAGCCUGGAUAGUAAUAAUAAUAUUAAUAAUAAUAAUAAUAAUAAUAAUAAUAAAUUUAAUAAUAAUAAUAAUAAUAAUAAUAAUAAUAAUUGAAACACCUGUGUGAACCAUAUACCGAGGCGGUAUAAACCGAAGUUGGACGAACGAGAAUGAAGAAGAAUCGAAUGACAUGACCAAAGCUGCUGAUUCCGCAGUACAAGAAACUCGGAGAGCAAUAGUAACAAUUACCCUAACGAAGAAUAAGAAGAAAUGGAAGAGAUGAAGAAUGAUGAAAACGAAGAAGAAAAAGAAGAUAAUACAUUCUAAUAUAUUUAGCCUAAAUAAAAGAGAGAGAGAAUCCUUUCUUAGAUCUCAUGUAUGAUGGAAUUCAUCGUUCAAGAAUUUGAGGAUGGUAGCUUAAUUUACCUGUUUGAGAAAAUAAGAGUCUCUUUAUCUUUUUUUAAGAGACUCUGACAAGAGAGAAAGAGAGAUAGAAAGAGAUACACACAAGCGGCCUCGGAAGAGCUGGGCUUGGGCCUCAUAAGUGCCUCACCGUGGAUACGUUUUAUACUACACCGUCGUUUGAACACAAAUAUGAAAAAAAAAAAAAAAAGAAAAAGAUUAAUGUGAACAAAAAGAAGAUGAACUGCUCUAUAGAACAAAAUAAAAUAAUAAUUAAAAAGAAAAAAACGGGGAAAAAAAAAAAAAGAAACAAAGUUCAUCGUCAGACGAAGCAACGUAAAACGUUGAGAGUAUGAGUGAUAUAUUAUGAUGGUUCGCGAGAGAGAGAGAGAGUGAGAGUGAGAGAGAGAGAGAGAAAGAGACAUUUUCUUUUCUUCUAAAAAAAAAAAAAGAAUUAAUUGACGACGAUGACGAAGUUAGUUAAUGAAAAAGAAAAAAAAAAAAAGAGAAAAAUGGUGGAAAAUAAUAAGGAGAUAAUCACUCUGGUGGCCUUAGGAAUCAAUUAAUAUCUAACACCCGGCCCCUUGGCACUUCCGGGCACUGUUACUACUACUACUACACUACUACUACUACUACUAACUACUACUAUUACUACUACUACUACUACUACUACUACUACCACCUAAACUACUAUCACAACUAUAAUACUACCACGACGAUUUAUAUAUAUAUAUAUUAUAUAUAAAUUUUCUUUCUUUUUUUAUUUCUCUUAAUUAUUCUGGAAAAAGAAAAGCAUCGUCAAUACUUUAAUAAUCUCCUUUGACCAAUUAACUGUCAAGAAGAAGAAGAAGAAAAAAAAAUCAAGUAACAGAAGAUAAGAUAUUGCAUUGAUCUACCUCGAUCUUCAACUCGGUAGAAACUGACACAACGGCGCGGAAGUAUAUGAAGAAAGAAGAAUAUUAUAAAACGAAUUAUGAAGAGAAACGAAUAAUGGGAAUGAAUUUGAACUGACAAUGAUAAUCGUGGUUAUCAACAUAGCGGAUAUUUCCUGAGAACAAAACGAGUUGUUUGUUUGUAAGAGGUUGGGUUUAUUAACUAGGGCUGAAUUAAAAUUUCGUAAUAGAGUGAGAGAGAGAGAGAGAGAGAAAGAAAAAGAUAAAAAAGAAAAAGAAAAUGGACGAAGAUAAGUCUGUUCGGCUCGUUUAACUUCCCUGUUGACGGAGUUGACAGUCUCCAAGGCUGAAUAGAGAA